UAAGUGUUACUAGUGAUUGUUAUUUGACAUAAAUGGGUAAAAGAGGGUCUUCCUGUUCCUCUUCCUCUUCAUCUUUCUCAACUGCUUCUUCACAUCUUCAUGAUGAUCUUAGUCUUGGACUCAGCAUUUCUUCCACUCAUCAUCAACAUCUUCCUUCCUCUAUCUCAAGGGGACAGUGGCAAAUCCAAUCAUCAUCACUUGCAAGUAGUUCACAAGGUGCUGAAUUGACAAAUGAUUGCAGUGAUCAUAACACGUUCUUUGUCAAAGUGUACAUGGAAGGCAUUCCAAUUGGCAGAAAACUCAACCUUUUAGUUCAUGAUGGCUACCAUGAAUUGGUUAAAGCUCUUGAACAAAUGUUUGACACUACCAUACUCUGGGGAACUGAGUUAGAUGCAGUGCAAGCAGAGAGGUGCCAUGUGCUAACUUAUGAAGAUGGAGAAGGGGACUUGAUUAUGGUUGGAGAUGUGCCUUGGGAGAUGUUCUUAUCAGCUGUAAAGAGGUUGAAGAUCACCAGGGUUGACACAUUUGGAUGUUGAAUGCAUAUUGGUUCCUCAUGUGAUAUCAAAUUUUGUCAUAUAAAAUUAAAGUGAAUGCAGUGAUCACUGAUGAUGAUAACAAAAAUGAUGAUGAUACUCUUCAGUCUUAGUGUAUUUUUGGAGGUUGGGAAUGAAUGAUGAGAUUAUGGGAAUGAGGUAGUCAAGGAUUAGAAACGGAUAGAAUGAGAGGGAAGAAAAUGAAGGGAUACAAUAAUUUAUAAUGAUA